AAGCGGUUCUUAUUGAUAAUCAGUUUAUAACUUAAGCUCAAUUUGUUGGAAACAGUCAAGUUAUUCGCGAUGAAAUCUCAAGUUAUUAUUCUGUUGGUUCUUGCCGUUGUGGCACACUGCUUGCCAUCCAGCGUCAAAAGUCGCCGGUAUGAAAAGGAAAAUCCUUCUAAGGCAAGGAUGUUUCAUAAGAAAGGUGGAGGUGGAGGUGGAGGCGUUCAAGUCCUAUUAUUAGAGACACCAGCAGCAUAUCCGGCAUAUGACUACUAUGACUCUCCAGAAGAAGAAAUAAUUGAUUUCACACAGAUUGGUGAAGGAACUUUCGAACAAGUUGAUGACACAGACACGACCAGAGCACAUUUCGCUGAUAACAAUGAAGAUGAUGAUGAUGAUGAAGACUUCAUUGAAGUUGACAACGAACAAACGUCAAAAAGGGGCAACAAGAGAAACAGCAACUUGAAAUUAAAAAAACAAACCGGAAAGAAGGAAGCACAGAAGAAAAUGGCUUCUUCUGCAGCCUCGAAGAAGGGUGCGAAUAAAAUUAGAUUUAUUCAAUUGAGUGACAAGGACAACAAUAAAGUCCACAGUAAUUCCGACAAUAUUGUAUUACGCCGUUUACGAGUGCAAUAA